AUGCUCGUGCCCCGAGAAGAAUCGGCAGAGUCCCACUAUGAGUAUGCACCCUCUCUAGGCGCUGCAGCCGUGUUUGCAGCCCUCUACACCCUCGCCCUCAUCGGGACAGUCGUGCAAUGGAUCCGCUUCAGGCCAGUUGUAUGGCUAGUCAUGGUAAUCGCUGCAGCCAUGGAAUCAACCGGCUACAUAUCCCGCUGCAUCUCAGUGCAAAACACCACCGCCCGAACCGUCUACGUGCUCCAGUUCGCCCUGCUUAUCCUUGCCCCCGUCCUCAUGGCCGGCGCGCUCUACGUCCUCUUCGGCCGCAUCAUCUUCCUCGUCGUCCCGAGGGACCAGCGCACCUUCAAGAUCUGCUGGGUGCCGCCGCGCUGGGUCACGCCUAUCUUCGUCGGCUUUGAUAUAGUCGCGCUCAUGCUCCAACUCAUUGGGGCGGUCAUGAUCACGAGCGGGAAUGGGGAUAGCCAGGAUGAUAUCGACACGUUUAAUCGCGGGCGUGAUCUGGCCCUCGUGGGCGUUGUUGUUCAGAUUGUGGCGUUUGGGCUGUUCACUGUUGCGGCGAUUCGGUUUAAUUUUACGUCGAAGAGGUUUGUUAACGAUACGCCUGCGCUGGGUCGUAUGGCGGUAGAUGAAGAUGGAGGACGGCAGGAUGAGUUCGCGAUGGGUGUUCAGGAUAAGCCGCGGAAGAGCGACUGGCCGCAUCUGUUGCGUGCUGUGAACUUUGCGACGAUUAUGAUUCUGAUUCGCUCCAUCUAUCGCCUCGUUGAGUUCACUGAAGGCCACGACGGAUAUAUCAACAACCACGAAUGGCCGUUCUAUAUCUUUGAUGCCGUCCCGAUCUUCCCCUGUGUUGCGCUCUUCGUCUGGUGGCAUCCGAGUCUGUAUCUCCCGUACCUGGGCUUCCGGCUUCCGCAGCACGCGCGCUGA